AUGAGCUAUUCCUCACGCUACACGAAUUCAUACAGCAGCCGUUAUGGUGAUAACUCUUCUUCACGUUAUGGUGAUGAUUCGACAAGCCGCUAUGAUAGAGAUUCAAUGAAAAACUAUACCUCGUCUUAUUCCUCAUCCCGUUAUGGAGAUUAUUCAAGUCGCUACGAUGCAAAGGACAACGACUACUUAAGCAGACGAGGAACGUACUCAUCUCGAAGAUUACAAACGUUUGAUGAACCGGACGAAGAAGAUCAACGAGUAACGGUUGAAAAAGUGGACAUUGAGGACAUUGAAAACGCGAAAUACUUUGCCCAGUCAGAUAAAGCUGAGGAAACAGAGCAAUGUGAAGAGAACCCAGUCUUAGAAGUCGCUGAGAAUGAGAACGUCGACGAUGAGGAAGAAGAAGUGCUUCCACUGACACGUAGAAUCCAGAAUAGCGAAGAGCAAGCAGAAGCUGAGGAAUUCGUCGUCACAAGCCCAACUCUUGCGUUGACAGCAUCGUCACCAUCACCUACCCAGUCUGUUGAAGAACGAGACUCAAUCACUCCGACAUAUCAAAAGGCGACUACAAAAGUUUGA